AAAAGGCGAGUGCUCAAACGUUCUGUUUUCCGAACGCAGCCGAUGUGGCAGCUAAUGCGUGCGCGGGGUGUCACGGUAUCUUGCAUCGCGCGGGUGAUGCAGGCAGCGUGAUGGCGCGAGACGUGGAGUGGGACAAAGUGGGGAAGGAUGGCGGAACGGAUUGUACGACGGAUUUGUGCACACCGCCUCGUUAACUGCUGACAAGCGCGGAUCCGAGGGGCGUUGGACUGCGGAUGAAUCGUGGCGGCGGAGGAAGAUGCUGGCCGCCGUGAGCGGUAAAUAGUCGCGAUCCGACCCCCGCGGCGUGCAUCACGGAUGUGAUAAACAAUGUUGACGUGAGUCACGGCGACGGCGCUUGGGAGCGACAGCACAUUUUGUACACGGGACGGGAGAGUGAGAAGAGGAGCGAGAGCGAGAGGGGAGCACGAUGUUACCGCCUGCGUUAGAUAAGACGUGCUAAUCGCCGCUCGCGAGAACGCCACCUCAGGAGCAAUGGACGAUGAACAGCCGGCGAGGGAGGCCAACAAGAUCUGCGGAGUCUGCGGCGACCGGGCGCUCGGCUACAACUUCAACGCCGUCUCCUGCGAGAGCUGCAAGGCCUUCUUCAGGAGGAAUGCGCUCAAGAACAAGGACUUCAAAUGUCCCUUCACGGAAAACUGUAACAUUACGCCAGUAACCAGACGUUUUUGCCAAAAAUGUCGUCUGGACAAAUGUUUUAGUAUUGGUAUGCGCAAGGAGUACAUAAUGUCUGAAGAAGACAAAGUCCUGAAGCGCAAGAAGAUCGAGAAGAAUCGCGCGAAGAAACGAACUCAAUCCGACAAUGCCAAAGCGUCAAAAAUCAAAAAGGACUCCGUGGACGACUGUACGUUCGAGGACACGUCGAUGUCGGUCAAUUCCGUCGCGUCGACGAUAUCGGAGACAUAUUUUUGGGAAUCUGAUAGGAAAUACACAGACUUAGACGGCAAUAGGCAAAAUGUAGUCGAAAGUAUGAGCCCGGUGACGGCGGCGAGCGUGCCGAGUCCAUCGAGUCCACCGGAGAGCACGAAUAUCGCUGAAACGAAGACAUUAGACAUGCUGAAGGAGUCCGCUCAUGGUUCAAGAUCCAAUCUUGCCAGGUACGACGAAUGCAAAUCUAUUCUGUAUGUAAAGAACAACGUAGAGAUAGAAUCGCGAAGGAUUAAAUCGGCAUUCUUUGUUCACAGCCGUGCGAGAUUCACCGACUUCAACAUGACGCCACAGAACACGGGAAAGGACAAGAGUUCUCCCACGAACUCGGGGAAAUUCGAGCAGAGCCCAUUGCAGUUCAGCACCGAAUUUGUAAACAUGAACGGUGACGCGACGAUGUACAGUUCUCCGUUUGAGGAGAGCGCGCCUAGUUACUCCAAAUUCGAGCAAAAUUCUCUCGCGUACAGCGCGACGAGUCAGCCGGACUUGAGUCUCACGCCGUCGAAAGAAGAGACGCUGUGUCAGAAAUCGAAGGAAACGUGCUCGAGCGGGAGCAGUCUGGUCGCCAAAUUCAAAGAGGAUCCCGCGCUGCUCACAAAGUUCGCCAGCAAUUCGAGUUUGCUCGCGAAGAUAUUUCAGGAUCAGAGGGUGAUAAUGAAAAUUAUGGCGGAUCCCGAUAUGGCGACGUGUUUGGCAGCCGAUCCGCACAUAACGCGGUUCUUGGAGGAGCACGGCGUGAGCAGUACGACCGACGCAGGUGACAACAAAACGGCUAGUCAGCCGAAAGAAGUUGUGGAAAAUAAUACUAGUAGUAGUAGUAGUAAUAGUAGUAGUAGUAGUAACGUCACCACGCCAAAGACCAAAGGUAGCCACGUGGAGAAUCCGAUCCUGACGGAUUUGAUUACCAAUCGUAAUACCGAAGAAUGUAAGAAUCAAAACUUGGAACCUGGCACGAGUACGGAUUGGAAUAAAAAUACUGCCGAUGUCACCAGAGAUGUUCUCCAGGAAGUUCAAAGGAUACCAAUCGCUGCUAAUUCGAUAGAGUCUAUUCUAUGCGAGGCCAUCAAGUUGGAAUAUUCAGCGUUUUCUAGUUUCGGCGGCAAUCAAAGCAGUAGAGAAUUAAAUGACGCCGAGAGAGCGAAAUUGAACGAGCUGAUAGUUGCCAAUAAAGCGUUAUUGGCUCCCUUAGACGAUGACAUAACGAAUUUAGUUGGCGAGGAAUGUAAAUUCAAGAACAAUUUCGGACAAUCUGAUCCAAUGCUAUUAGACGUAAUAAAUCUAACGGCUAUAGCAAUUAGGCGCUUGAUAAAAAUGUCGAAGAAGAUAAACGCCUUCAAGAAUAUGUGCCAGGAGGAUCAGUUAGCCCUGCUGAAAGGCGGCUGCACAGAAAUGAUGAUUUUGAGAUCGGCCAUCAAUUACGAUCCGGAUAAAGACAUGUGGAAGAUACCUCAUAGCCAAGAAAGUAUGUCAAAUAUUAAAGUUGACGUUCUGAAAGAAGCUAAAGGAAAUUUGUACGCGGAACACGCGAGGUUUGUGAGAACAUUUGAUCCACGCUGGCGGGAUGAAAACAUUAUUUUAAUUUUGAGCGCAAUCGCCUUGUUCACGCCUGAUAGACCGAGGGUUGUGCACGGGGAUGUUAUUAAACUAGAGCAAAAUUCAUACUAUUAUCUCCUCAGACGAUAUCUGGAGAGCGUUUAUCCCGGCUGCGAGGCCAAAUCCACGUUCCUCAAAUUGAUACAGAAGAUUUCCGAGCUUCAUAAACUCAACGACGAAGUCGUGGGAGUUUACUUGAACGUCAAUCCAUCCAGCGUAGAGCCACUGCUUAUAGAAAUAUUCGAUUUGAAGCAUUGAUUUCUCAUUUUCUACGUAUGAGAAUUAAGGAGCUAUUGCAUUUGUGCUGGAAUAUAUUUCCGCACGACAUCCUAAGUCAAAGAAGCCGAUACCUGGGACCGCCAAUUCAGAUAUUUAUAAAAUAAGGUUGUUUUAAGUAAAAUUUCAUUUGCAUCGCCUCUUUUUAUAUAAAUGAUAGUAUACAGCGAUACUUCAAUGACUCUCGAGAUUUUCGUGCGACGAAAUGAAGACUAUGUAGCAUAUAGUUUAGCAUGCGAGAAAACGUAGAAAGCAAAAAAAAGAAGCCGGUUAAUGCAAUAUGAGCUUAACAUAAAGUGAUACAAUGUCUGCCACAAUUCAGUAGCUCUGCAAGCGGAACACAUUUACGCACGAUUCAUCGAAAAUCAGCAACUUUAAUUGUACUAGAACUAAUGGUAAGAAUGCCAUGUCAUAAUUAAGAAUGGCAAUAUUCUGCUUCGUAAUAAGUACAUGUUAUAUUGUUAAGUAUUUUCACGGAGUAUCUUUUGAGCUCUAUCAUUCUUACUGCGUGCUAAGAGUAAAUGUACGCGUACAACGACAGCAUAAUUCCUAGGUGGCUGUUCCAAUCAUGUUUUUUCGAAAGAUGAUUAAAUAUAUAUAUAUAUAUAUAUAUAUACAUAUAUAUAUUUUUUUUAACACGUGGAUUAUAUCUUGUCAAAGUUUUUAUUCUCUAAGCAAAUGUACAUUAUUUAUAAGAUAAGACUUGCGUUUGCAAUAUAUCUAUAUGAAUAUAUAGUUCAAGACUGUAAAUGUUGAAAACUUUGCGCUCCGAAGGACAUCUUGAAAGAACGAGAUUUUAAUUAUGUAAACUUGAUUAUAUGAAUUGUAAUAUAGUAAAUUUAGUCAAAGUAUAUAUGUAAAUGAGAGUAGAAGAAAGAUAUUGUACGUGUGUACGUGUUGUUGUUGCAAUGUGCACGCGAUAAAUUGUGAUAACCUGAUAUAAAUAUAUUUUUCAAAAGUA